AUGGCCUCCGGCUCAAUGCCAGCAACGCCACUCCUCUACAGCUGCAUCGCCUACCACAACACCGUCCUCGCCGAGCACACGACCGCAGCAGCCUCGAAGACCUCGAACGUCGCCUCCGUCGUGCUCCCCAAGAUCUCUCACGACUCACCCCAAAAGCUCACCUUCACCGACAAGACCAACGAUACCUUCAUCCACUACAUCGCCGACGCCUCGCCCUCGAGCUCAAAUCCCGACUCACUGUCUGCCGAUGGCCUCACAUAUCUCGUAGUCGCACGCGCAGAUCUUGGACGACGUGUACCAUUCGGCUACCUCGUCGAGAUCAAGAAGCGCUUCUUGAAGGAAUUUGAUCCUGAGCGAACGAACUUCUCCAGCCUUCCGAGCUAUGGCGCAGCGGCGUUCAAUGCGACGCUGAAGGAGAUUAUGGUGCAUUAUGGCACGACGAAGGCAGGGCAGGCUGAUGCGUUCAAGAAUGUGCAGAGCGAGAUUGAUAAUGUCAGGGGCAUCAUGACGGAGAACAUCGAGAGGGUACUUGAAAGAGGCGAGAGGAUUGAUCUUUUGGUUGAUAAGACGGACAGACUGGGAGGCAGUGCUGCGGACUUCAGGGUGAGGAGUCGUGGGUUGAGGAGGAAGAUGUGGUGGAAGAACGUUAGGUUGAUGGUGCUGCUGGCGGUGGUCAUUGUGUUUUUGGUGUAUCUUUUUGUUGGGUUUGGAUGUGGUCUGCCUGCAUGGGGCAGGUGCAUCGGUUGA